CAAGCGCUCGUGGCGGGGCGUAAGUCCGUAAACCCCGUCCGAUCGUUUGCUCACCUUUCCGAGUCCGGCACAUUCUGCCUCUCGGUACCGAUUUCACUGCCCGCGGUUUCGACGAGAUACCGAAUUCCCUUGGACCCCCAGACUGACUCCUCUGAGCGUCGCCUUGACUCUACAAUCUCUCCGAUAAAACGCAGGCGCGUACACUGGUCGCAUACUAGUACACCGAGCUACCACUCCUCACUCAACUCCUUCACGAAUCGACAUGGCUUUGACCCCAGAGGCAAUCGACGUUCGGAACGUCACAACUAUUGGACAUGUUGACCACGGCAAGACAACGAUGAUGGAUGCCCUGCUAGCGGCAAACAACGUUAUCUCCACGAGAAUGGCAGGGAAGAUCAGAUACUUGGACAGCCGACUUGACGAACAGGAGAGGGGGAUCACGAUGGAGAGCAGCGCGGUCUCUCUGAGAUUCAAGGUGAUGGAACGGAAUGAGGCUGGAGAAAGCUUUCCGAAGACAUACGCUGUGAACAUGAUUGACACACCCGGACACGUCGACUUCUCCAGCGAAGUGUCUACGGCGUCGCGUCUGUGCGAUGGCGCGCUCGUCCUGGUCGACGUAGUGGAAGGCGUCUGCACACAGACCAUCACAGUCCUGCGGCAGGCAUGGCAAGACCGUCUGCGACCCGUCCUGGUCAUCAACAAGUUUGACCGCCUCAUCACCGAGCUCAAGCUAUCGCCCCUCGAGGCCUACCAACACCUCUCGCAGCUCAUCGAACAGGUGAACGCUGUCAUGGGCAGCUUCUUCGCAAGUGAGCGGAUGGAAGACGAUCUCCGGUGGAGAGAAGAGCGUGAACGGCGACUCAAGGAGAAGAAAGAGUCGCACGCGGAAGAGGUGGAUGCGGCAAUAAACGAAGCGGACGAUUUCCAGGAGAGGGACGACGAGGACAUCUACUUCGCGCCGGAGAAGGGGAACGUCAUCUUUGCCUCAGCUAUUGCCGGCUGGGGCUUCCGGAUAGGCAAAUUCGCUCACCUAUACGCAGUGAAACUCGGGAUCAAGGAGGCCAAGCUGCGGACAGUGCUCUGGGGAGACUUCUAUCUGGAUCCCAAGACGAAGCGGGUCAUCAGUCACAAGCACUUGCGCGGUCGCGCGCUGAAGCCGUUGUUCGUCCAGUUCAUCCUCGAUAAUAUUUGGGCGGUGUAUGACGCUGUACUUAUCAACCCAAACCCAGAGAAGGUGACGAAGAUUGUGUCAACGCUCAACCUCAAGAUCCCGCCGCGCGAGCUGAACUCGAAAGAUUCGAAGCAGCUCCUGACGCUCAUCUGCGCACAGUGGCUGUCACUCUCUUCAUGUGUCAUCCAGGCCAUCGUCGACGUCGUCCCACCGCCGUCCGUCGCCCAAAGCACCCGUAUCCCGAAGAUGCUCUAUCCAGAUCUGUACGAAUCGACCAUCGCGCCGAAGAACAAGAUUGAAGAGAACCUUUACUCGUGUAACGCGAGUCCUGACGCGUGUGUGGUUGCGCUAGUGAGCAAGAUGUUCGCGAUACCCGCAAAGGAACUUCCCGGGAACAAGAAGAAACCGCUAACCGCAGAGGAUAUGCGCGCCAGAGCGAGAGCAGCGAGGGAGGCACGUGCAGCACAGGCUGCAGCGAUGGACGGAGACACGGCACCAACCGAGACAUCGUCCACGCCUCUCGAAACGGCUCUGGAAGAGAUGGCGGUGGAUGACAAAGAACCAAACGGGACGGGCGAGCCUGUCGAGGCGGAUGAGACGCUUCUUGGAUUCGCGCGCAUUUACUCAGGCACGAUCCGCACGGGCACAACGAUCUGCUGCAUCUUGCCGAAGUAUGACAGCGCGCUGGAGCCGACGCAUCCAAGGAACGCAACGCAUGUGGCCACUACGAAAGUGGAGGCGCUGUACGUGAUGAUGGGCAGGGAGCUCGUGCCUGUCGAUCAUGUCCAGGCGGGCAAUGUCUUCGCCGUGCAGGGUUUGGAAGGUAAGGUGUGGCGGAGCGCGACGCUGUGUGCGCCGGGCGAACAGGGUCUGUCGGAGGGUGCGGACCUUGGUCAAGUGAAGGAUUGCCUGCUCAAUCUGGGAGGUGUCAUUCGCUACGCAGCACCGAUCGUCCGGGUCGCACUUGAACCAGAGGUUCCUGCAGACAUGCCUAAGCUGAUACGGGGCAUGAAGCUGCUCAGCCAAGCAGACCCUUGCGUCGAGACGUUUCAGCAACAGACUGGAGAGCAUGUCAUCUUGACUGCGGGUGAACUUCACCUCGAGAGGUGUCUCAGAGAUCUACGAGAACGAUUCGCGAAGGUCGCAAUCAAUCCUUCCAAGCCUAUCGUACCCUUCAGAGAGACGGCUGUCAAAGCACCUGACAUGGCACCGCCGAAAACACCUGGAGCCAAGCGAGGUACAAUACAGGGAACAAUCACCAAUAAUUUAGUCAAGUUCACUAUUCGCGCCGCGCCGGUCCCAACGCAAAUAGUAGAAUUUCUCCAAGACAACCUCGCCACGCUCAAGCACAUGGAAGUCGAACAGGGUUCAGAGCGCGGUAAUAUGAACGGGGCAGGGGAAGAUGAAGAUCAUGAUGCCCAGAGUGAGGUUAUCAAGAAACCGAGCAUCAAGCCGGAGGAGUUCUGGAAAGAAUUACAGCAGACGUGUGAAAAGGUUGGUGGGGAAUGGGGAGACGUGGUGGACAAGAUCUGGGCAUUUGGUCCGCACAGAGUGGGCAGGUGCAUGCUCAUCGACACGCGCUCGGUUGGACAACCCAAUUCUUUGAAGCGGCGACAAGAACGCGGGAAGGUCAAUGACACCAACAGAGACAGAGAUCCGCUCCUGCGUGACUUCGACAAUCACCUGGAGGCCGGGUUCCAGCUAGCCACAUUCCAAGGGCCCCUGUGUGCUGAGCCGGUGGAAGGCCUGGCUUACCUUGUGGAAUCGGUGGAAGUCGAUCGCGAAGGCAUCGAACAAGAAAGGCAACAUAAUCGCAUGGCACAGGUCACCGGCGCAUUCAUAACGUCCGUGAGAGAGGCGUGUCGGAAUGGUCUCCUAGACUGGUCUCCCAGGCUCAUGCUCGCCAUGUAUACUUGUGACAUACAAGCUUCGACGGAUGUCCUGGGUAAGGUAUAUGGAGUCGUCGCCAAACGCCGAGGCCGGAUCGUCUCCGAAGAAAUGAAAGAAGGAACGGAAUUCUUCACUGUCCGCGCUCUAUUGCCGGUGGUCGAAAGUUUCGGUUUCGCCGACGACAUCCGGAAACGGACCUCGGGGGCGGCAAGUCCGCAGCUCAUCUUCAGCGGGUAUGAGAUGCUGGACUUGGAUCCUUUCUGGGUCCCGACGACUGAGGAAGAGCUGGAAGAUUUGGGAGAGAAGGCCGAUCGGUCAAACAUCGCGAAAGCAUACAUGGACUCCGUCCGGGAUAGAAAGGGCAUGUUUGUGGAUAGGAAGAUUGUCGAACAUGCAGAGAAACAAAGGACCCUCAAGCGGUGAGCAACUGGCAAUUGAGAUGAACAGAGAGAAAGGACUGCGCACUUGUAUCGCAUAUGUCCGAGCUGUAUUGCAUACGUACUCAGCCAUUGUAACCUACAGCAUCCCCGCCAAAACCAUGUAGCAUGUCUGCGUCGUCAUAAUAUGGAAUAAGCUCUAUACGAAAGCACUUGUACGUUCGACCGUCCGAGUCAGGACAUGAUGAUCCCAAUCGCGGUCUCAAAUUGUAAGUAUUACAAGGCCUUCCGGAUUGGCGAAGUCUGGCAGUGUGUCUUACACCAAGCCAUAAUCAUCAGCAAAUAUUAUGUGGCCACACUGCACGCUUCUGCGGUGAUCCCUGGUGCGGAUUCUG